GAGUGGCUUUAGCGACGGUGCCUUUAUAUGGGAUUCGCCUCCGGCAACGAGACAAGGAAACCAACGUCAUCAUUCCAAGAACCGGAGCGAAACUGAAUCAGUUUAUCCCCGAUAUUUCUGCCUCUCUCGGCAUUUCUUUACGAAAAUUUAAAAAGCGCCGAUACGGGCGCUUUCUUCUCUGCUCAUCUGGACUCGGCUGCAGAGACAAAACGUUCUCUGGUCAGCUUGAAUUUGGUUUGCGAUUGAACGGAGUUUGACUCGAGUACAUAGAGGUUUUGGAAUCGGAAAUUUGAGUUUGAAAUGGAUGGAAAGUGGAGAUUCAAUCGGUUCAAGCUGCGGGCAGCGAUGACAAUGGUGGUGAUGUCAUUGCUUCACCAGCAUCUGAGACUCUGUUGGUGUCUCAACAGCGAAGGUUUGGCACUGUUGAAAUUUCGGGAGAGUGUGGUAAAAGAUCCAUUUGGUGCUUUGUCGGAUUGGAACGACAGUGGUGGCGAGGUUGAUCACUGUUCCUGGUUCGGAGUCGAGUGCUCGGACGGAAAAGUUGUUAUCUUGAAUUUGAGAGAUCUCUGUCUCGUAGGAAAAAUGGCACCUGAAGUUGGGAAGUUGGCUUUUAUAAAAUCUAUUAUUCUACGGAAUAAUUCUUUCUCCGGAAACAUUCCUAAAGAGAUUGGAGAGUUGAAGGAGCUGGAGGUGUUGGACCUGGGUUACAAUAACUUUAGUGGAUCAUUCCCAUCUGAUUUUGGCAAUAAUCAGUCCCUGACAAUCCUUUUAUUGGACAAUAAUGAGUUCCUUGGCAGCAUAUCUCCUGAAAUCUACGAGCUUAAGAUGCUUUCUGAAUAUCAGGUUGAUGAAAACCAGCUAUCUAGUGCUGCUUCAGGACCAACUGGCAAAAGUAGAUCUAUUUCUGGGGACACUGCUCAACCUCGAGAUGUAUCUUAUAGGAGGGUGCUGCAGGUGGUGGAUGCUGUGGGUCCACCCAAAGAAAGGGAAAAAAAUGUGAAAAGUGGAUUUGAGUCAUUACCAUUGUCUUCACCUUCUUUGUCACCAUCGCCCUCAGCUUCUUUGUCACCAUCAUCCUCAGCUUCUUUGUCACUAUCACCCUCACCUUCUUUUUCAUCAUCACUAUCACCAUUUUUACCCUCAGACUCACCCUCGGCUCCUCCAUCACCAUCUCCAGCAGAGUUUUCGUUAUCUUCCCCUGCAGCAUCUCCCUUUACAAAAUUUUGGCCGGGUCCACUCUCACCCAAACUACCACCAAGUCCAGCUUCACCAGUUCCAUCAAAUCCACCAAUGAUUGUUUCUGCACCCCCAUCCAAUUCAGCUCUAGUGCCUUCCCCUGCUCCAGCUCCUAGUCCAAUGCUCAAUAAAAGUUCUUAUGGGAAGAAUUAUACAGUUCUAAUUUUGUCUGGAGUUUUGGGGAGUUCUUUAGUCAUAUUUAUUUCAGCCAUGGGCAUUAUCUUCUGUAGAAGCCAUAAGGUGGUUACCGUCAAGCCUUGGGCCACAGGUCUAAGCGGGCAGCUGCAGAAAGCAUUUGUAACAGGUGUACCAAAGCUCAAUCGAGCAGAACUCGAAACAGCUUGUGAAGAUUUCAGCAAUAUAAUUGGUUCUCUAUCAGAUGGCACUGUGUACAAAGGAACUCUUUCAAGUGGAGUUGAAAUAGCAGUGACAUCUAGUGGAGUGGCAUCUCUUGGAGACUGGUCAAAGAAUUUAGAAGCCCAGUUCAGAAAGAAGAUAGACACGUUAUCAAAAGUGAACCACAAGAAUUUUGUGAACCUUAUUGGGUUUUGUGAAGAGGAUAAGCCUUUUACGAGAAUGAUGGUUUUUGAAUAUGCUCCUAAUGGAACGCUCUUUGAGCAUCUGCACAUAAAGGAAGCAGAGCACUUAGACUGGGGAAUGCGGCUGCGGAUAGCUAUGGGCUUGGCAUACUGCCUUGAAUAUAUGCACCAGCUGAAUCCACCCAUAGCCCACCAAAAGCUACAAUCUUCCUCUAUAUAUCUGACCGAAGAUUAUGCAGCAAAAAUAUCAGACUUCAGUUUCUGGAAUGAGGUAACUGCAGCAAAGAUGGGAUCAGUUGUCAUGGAGCUCUUGGAAACCCCAUCAGCAGAUCCAGAGAGUAACGUUUACAGCUUGGGGGUAAUAUUGUUUGAGAUGAUAACAGGCAGGCUCCCAUACUCUGUGGACAAUGGUCCUUCCUCAGAUUGGGCAUCAGACUAUUUGAAAAUGGACCAACCCUCAAGAGAAAUGGUGGAUCCAACUCUAAAAUCUUUCCAAGAGGAGGAGCUCGAGAAACUGCUUCAAGUAGUAAAAGAUUGUGUCCAUCCUGAUCCAAGCCAGAGGCCAACAAUGAGAGAGGUAACAGCUAGAUUGAAGGAAAUAACCACAAUGGGGCCUGAUGGAGCAACACCGAAACUAUCUCCUCUUUGGUGGGCAGAACUUGAGAUCAUGUCUUCGGAAGCAAGUUAAGAGGUUAAUUUGACCGUUAAAUAUUAAGUUAAAAAGUUUCUUGUUUUUCUUCCUCCAAAAGGGAGAAAAAAAAAACCAUUUCCUUCUCACCCCCAAUUCUGUGUUCCAUGUCUCAUCUCAAAGCAGGCUUCUAUUUAAGGUAGAUGAAUGAUGUUUGUAUAUAAACAGAGAAAGGGAGACCUGUUGGAUUUUCUUGCUUGAUUUUUCUCUUUACUAGUGGGUUGUGAAAUUCUGAUACCUAAAAACAUACUUAUGAAAUCAAUAAAUGCUGAGUUUCUCCAAA